AUGGCUCUAGAUCCUAUCCCGAAAACGAACCCAAUUACCAUGACGCUAGGGUUAGUUGGAGCAAAGGAAGUGAAAGCUCUGCGAGCGUACCUGCGGGAAUGGUUCAGUCAUGUUGUGAGGAAAAAUUGUGACUCUUCGCCGCCGUAUACUACCGACUCGAAAAUAUUUUUGGAUUUAUACUUAUCCGCGGAUAAUACCCACAUGUGUACAUCCUUCUGA